CGCGAGCACAGCAACAACCAUGGACGCAGCCAUCCAGAAAAUCAAAGACAUAUAUACCCAAGCCGACGAAGACACCCGCAAGAGCAUCAAGCAUGAGAUCAACAACCUCCAGACCUUCUUCCGGUCGGACCUGGAUCUUGUUAGCUUGAUGGCAGACGGACCAGUCAGGUUCGGUAUGGCCAAGGUCGGAAUUGACCUUGGUACCUUUGAGAUGCUCAGAGACCAUGGAGGGUCGCUCUCGACGGCGCAGUUGGCGGAGAAGUCGGGUGCUGCGCCGGAGCUUCUAGAGCGCGUCCUGCGCGCCCAGGCAACUUUCAAUCUGAUCGACCAGACCGGCGACGACGAAUUCAAAGCCAACCGUCUGACCGGCAUCCUCGCCGACGAGCAUGCCUCUGCAUUGCUAUCGCACCAAUACGAACUCUUCGGCCCAGCCUUCAGCGCCCUCCCCUCCUUCCUCAAAGCCCGCGCCUACAAACCCGUAACCUCCAGCAAAGACACCGCCUUCCAACAAGCCCACAACACCACCCUCACCUCCUUCGAAUUCCUCACCCAGCACCCCGAACACAUGGAGCAUUUCGAAAAGGGCAUGAAAAUGAUGUACUACGACAACUGGUGGUUCGACGUCUACCCCGUCCGCUCCGAGGCAACAACCCGCUCCCUCCCCGGCGAAACGCUCCUCAUCGACCUCGGCGGCUGCCAGGGCCAGCAGGCUAUCGCCUUCCGGGCCAAAUUCGGCGAUGUCCCCGGCCGGGUGGUCGUGCAGGAUAUGCCGGAGACGCUGGCGGGUGCGGGUCCCGCUGAGGGGGUGGAGCUGAUUGCGCAUGACUUCUUCACGCCGCAGCCGAUUGAGAGGGCGAAGUUCUACUAUAUGAGGCGUGUGUUGCAUGAUUGGCCGGAUGAGGAGUGUGUGCGGAUUCUGAGGAAUAUUGUCCCUGUUAUGGCGCCCGACUCGCGCAUUAUUAUUGAUGAGAUGGUUUUGCCCGAGAGGGAUGUGCCUGAGUUUGCGGUUUAUAUUGAUGUUACGAUGUUUGCGGCGAAUGGGGGUGCUGAGCGGACUACGAAGGAGUGGAAGGCUUUGCUGGAUAGGGCGGGAUUGAGGGUGUUGAAUGUCUUGCCGUAUGAUCCUAAGUUGAUGUCGGUUAUUGAGGCGGUGCCUAAGUAA